AGGCGGGCGCGGUGGUGGCGGCGGCCGGCGCGGCGGCGAAGGCGAGGUUGUGCCCCGGACUGUGUCCACCGAGCUCAGCGGCUCUUUCCUGUGCGUGGAGAAGCAGCGGCGCCGCGAGGCAGAGGAGGAUCGCGGAGGAGCGCGGCGGCGGGACGUCUACGGCUGCCGCGGCCCCGGCGGCGCCCGGCGACAAUCGGCGUGGGGAAGCUGCGGCGGCCGCAGCGGCAGCCGCCUCUCCACCACCGGGAAGCCGAGGCGCGGCUGGCGGCGCUGACAUCCGCGGCCCUGCCUCUCCUCCCUCGCCCCCGGCCCUCCCCAUGUGAUCGGUCUUAAUCCCGACCGUGUGCGCGCGUGGGGGCUCCAUUGCGCGGCGCCCGGUGUCGGUGCCGGGGUGGGUGCUCGCGUGCGCUUCUCCUCCCCAUCCCCCGCCCCGUCCCCAAGAAUAAAAGAAGAACCGGGAGGCGUGCUCAGAAAAUAAAUAAAUAACCAGCACACACGCGCAGCCCGGAGCGAGGCGGCGGGGCUGGUGGCGGCGGAGGAGGAGUGAAGGCGGCGGCGGCGGAGGAGGGACGCGCGGAGCCGGCAGUAACUUUCGAGCCAGCCCAGAGCCCGGAGCUCCAGCCGAGCGGUUUGCAGCGCGGCGGCGGCGGCGCUGAGUGUCUGGCCCGCCGGUGCGGUCGGGGUGUGCAGUCGGACGGGACGAGCAGCGCGUCGCUGUCCCCCCCCUCCCGGUGACUGGAGAUGUCCGAGCCCAAGGCGAUUGAUCCCAAGUUGUCGACUACCGACAGGGUGGUGAAAGCCGUUCCAUUUCCGCCAAGUCACCGGCUGACAGCAAAGGAAGUGUUUGAUAACGAUGGGAAGCCUCGUGUGGAUAUCUUAAAAGCACAUCUCAUGAAGGAAGGCAGGCUGGAAGAAAGUGUCGCGUUGAGAAUAAUAACAGAGGGUGCUUCGAUUCUCCGACAGGAAAAAAACUUGCUGGAUAUUGAUGCCCCAGUCACAGUUUGCGGGGACAUCCAUGGACAAUUCUUUGACUUGAUGAAGCUCUUUGAAGUGGGAGGAUCUCCUGCCAACACUCGCUACCUCUUCUUAGGGGACUAUGUUGACAGAGGGUACUUCAGUAUCGAAUGUGUGCUGUAUUUGUGGGCCUUGAAAAUUCUUUACCCCAAAACACUGUUUUUACUUCGUGGAAACCAUGAAUGUAGGCACCUAACAGAGUAUUUCACGUUUAAACAAGAAUGUAAAAUAAAGUAUUCAGAACGCGUUUAUGACGCCUGUAUGGAUGCCUUCGACUGCCUUCCCCUGGCUGCGCUGAUGAACCAACAAUUCCUGUGUGUACAUGGUGGUUUGUCUCCAGAGAUUAACACUCUAGAUGACAUCAGAAAAUUAGACCGAUUCAAAGAACCACCUGCUUAUGGGCCUAUGUGUGACAUCUUGUGGUCAGACCCCCUGGAGGACUUUGGAAAUGAGAAGACUCAGGAACAUUUCACUCACAACACAGUCAGGGGUUGUUCGUACUUCUACAGUUACCCGGCUGUAUGUGACUUCCUGCAGCACAAUAAUUUGUUGUCCAUACUCCGAGCCCACGAAGCCCAGGAUGCAGGGUACCGCAUGUACAGGAAAAGCCAAACAACAGGCUUCCCGUCUCUAAUUACAAUCUUCUCGGCACCAAAUUACUUAGAUGUGUACAAUAAUAAAGCUGCAGUGUUGAAGUACGAGAACAACGUGAUGAACAUCAGGCAGUUCAACUUCCCCCAUCCGUACUGGCUCCCAAAUUUCAUGGAUGUUUUCACCUGGUCGCUGCCAUUUGUUGGGGAGAAAGUGACUGAGAUGCUGGUAAACGUCCUGAACAUCUGCUCAGACGAUGAACUGGGGUCAGAAGAAGACGGAUUUGACGGAGCCACGGCCGCAGCCCGGAAGGAGGUCAUCAGGAACAAGAUCCGAGCAAUAGGCAAAAUGGCCAGAGUAUUCUCAGUUCUCAGAGAAGAGAGUGAGAGCGUUCUGACUCUGAAGGGCCUGACCCCGACUGGCAUGCUCCCCAGCGGAGUGCUCUCUGGCGGGAAACAAACUCUGCAAAGCGCUACUGUUGAGGCCAUUGAGGCUGAUGAAGCCAUCAAAGGAUUCUCACCACAACAUAAGAUUACCAGCUUCGAGGAGGCCAAGGGCUUAGACCGAAUUAACGAGAGGAUGCCGCCUCGCAGAGAUGCCAUGCCUUCCGACGCCAACCUUAACUCCAUCAACAAGGCUCUCGCCUCAGAGACUAAUGGCACAGACAGCAACGGCAGUAAUAGCAGCAAUAUUCAGUGACCACUUCCUGUUCACUUUUUUUUUUUUUUUGAGCUGCAGGGCAUGAUGGGUUUGCUGCAUCUCAGCAGUUGGAUGUUCUUGCCUCUGACGGUAGCUUGUUUGCUCUGGGGGGGCCAGGAAUUGGAUUCAGUUUACACUAUCAUGAAAAAAAAAAAGAGGGAGAGAGAUAAUAAAACUAUAUUUUGGUGAGGGUGGU